GGCGCGCUGGCGUCAUCAGCACGCGCCGCACCCGGAAGAGACGUGGCAGCGGAGGGAUAAUCGGAGCGUUCUGAGCUGGAGAAAGCUGAGCGAGAACUCGGCUGAGCGCAGUCUGACCUUCUGCGGCUCGGAGCGGAGCUCGCGCCUCUGGGGACCGGUGCAGCCCCGGAUUGGUAACACAGAGGUCGACUAUGGGGCUUUGCAAGUGCCCCAAGAGGAAAGUGACCAACCUGUUCUGCUUCGAACACCGAGUCAACGUCUGCGAGCACUGUCUGGUAGCCAAUCAUGCCAAGUGCAUCGUCCAGUCCUAUCUGCAGUGGCUCCAAGAUAGCGACUACAACCCCAAUUGCCGCCUGUGCAACGUACCCCUGGCCACCCGGGAGACGACCCGCCUCAUCUGUUAUGAUCUCUUCCACUGGGCCUGCCUCAAUGAACGUGCCGCCCAGCUACCCCGAAACACAGCGCCUGCUGGCUACCAGUGCCCCAGCUGCAGUGGCCCCAUCUUCCCUCCAGCCAACCUGGCUGGCCCGGUGGCCUCCGCAUUGAGAGAGAAGCUGGCCACGGUCAACUGGGCCCGGGCAGGACUAGGCCUUCCUCUGAUUGACGAGAUGGCGAGCCCAGAGCCCGAGCCCCUCAACACUUCUGAGUUCUCUGACUGGUCCAGCUUUAAUGCCAGCAGUAGCCCCACACAAGAGGAGACAGCCAGUGCUUCUGCUGCCCCAGCCUUCUACAGCCCAGUCCCCCGGCCGCCCGCUUCCCCGAGCCGGCCUGAGCAGCACACAGUGAUCCACAUGGGCAGUUCUGAGCCGCUGACUCACGAGACGUUACCUUCCAACAAUUCCGAGAGACUCCGGCUGAGAAGGGCGGGGUCUCCUGCCCUCCCCUCCCCACCCCGCUGUGGGCCAGUUUUCCUGAGCCUGUGGAUGCCGGUGGCUCUGCCCCUGCAGCCUCGGCCCCGAGGAAGGUGUAUGACACGCGGGAUGAUGCCCGGGUACCAGGCCUCCACGGGGAUUACGACGAUGACAAGUACCGUCGCCGGCCUGCCCUGGGCUGGCUGGCCCAGCUGCUCAGGAGCCGGGCUGGGUCUCGUAAGCGGCCGCUGACCCUGCUCCAGCGGGCGGGGCUGUUGCUGCUGCUGGGGCUGCUGGGCUUCCUGGCCCUCCUUGCCCUCAUGUCUCGCCUGGGCCGGGCUGCGGCUGACAGCGAUCCCAACCUGGACCCGCUCAUGAACCCUCACAUCCGUGUGGGGCCCUCCUGAGCCCUUGCUUAUGGCUGGGCCAGCCCAGGACCUGGGGGCCUGAGGGGAGGGGUGGAGGGGGAGGUCUGGGGGCCCUUCUCUGCUCUCCCUCAAGCCUGAGACACUAAGAUCCCAGGCCCGAAGCCAAGCCCACCAGCGUGGCUGCAGGCUAGGCCUGGGGUCCCCGACUUGACCUGCUUUGCCUGGGUCUCCAGCCUCCCCCCCCAGCCCCCCAAAGGAGCUGACAGGUGGAAAUAAAUGAUAGACUUUAUUAAAAUGCC